CCCAACCCCAGGUAGCUCGGCGAGAGGUUCCUCCGUACCUGGGAGAGGCGUGAGCGUCAUUGGCUGCGUGUCGGCGGAAGGCGGGGUCGUCGCGCGAGUGCGCUGCGCAGCUGUUUGCCAAGCCGGGGGUCGCGCGCGAGAGUGCGCGCGCCGGCGGUCAGGCCAGACAGAGCGAGGCGGUGUGGGACGAGGCCGGGGCUGCGGCUGCAGCAGCGAAGAGAGGACGCGCCCUCGCCGGCUUGGGACCCCAAGCGUGGGUGGGGAUCGCCGCUCGCGUGGACGAAAAUGCAGGAAGCAGAUCUAAUAGGGAAAACGCUCCGAUCUGUUCUCCAGUCUCAUAAACACGGAGUACCUUUUUCGCGACUGCAAGAAGAAUAUAAAUCUUUGACUGGCGUCUGGAUUCCUUUUAAGCAGCUAGGAUAUUCUUCACUAGAAGAAUAUCUAAAAAGCGUCCCUGGAGUUGUGAGGAUUGAAAUUGGAAAAACUGGUGAGGUGAUAUGCCAUGCUGUUGUUUGCCAAGAGACGGCAAUGAUUGCUCAGCUUGUAGCCUGUCAGAGAAAUUCCAAGCGGAAAUUGGGCAAGCAAGUGAACUGUAGGAUGAGGCUGAAAAGAACUUCUCCACCUGCCUCAGUAGGCAAGCCAAAGGGCACCCUGAGGAAACCAGGAUUUGUUAAUUUUGCCGAAGACAGCAGGAAGCCUUCCCUCCCACUGGUGAGAAAUAAAGGAGGCUACACCGCUAGACCUAGCAUGAAUCCUGCACAGUAUCCUCUGUCCCAAGAAUUUGGUGUGGCUGCACCGAAAGAAGUCUUAAUACAAGGGCACACUACCAUGAUGAGCAGGCCUGAGAGGAGAAUGGUGCUUCCGCCACGUUUUCAGAGAGAAAUUCAAAUUCAUUUCUCAAAGAACUUGCCUUUGAACUUGAAUGAAAACGUGAAAGAAACCCGGCAGCCAGUGCAACCAAAACCUUCUUAUCCUUCAACUAGUGAUAUAAAUGAGAUUCAGAAAAGGAUUAAAGAGAUUGUGAAACGAUUCCACGACGGAAUAUGGUUAUCCAGAAUACCAGCGUUGUACAGAGCAGAGUAUCACGAAGACUUGAACACAGCAUUGCUCCCACAACUGGAACACUGGCCUCAUGUUUGUACAGUAGGUAGCAACUCGGCAGAGAAAGUAAGUACUGGUGGCUACAAGGAUAUACUUCUAUACCCUGCUGGGAAAACGGAUCAAUCCGUAAAGAGCGUUUCCAGUCAAGAAGAAAAGCCUCCGCCCCCAUUAGUAAGGCAGACUGCAGAGACCAAAGCAGCUGUGCUCCAUCGAGACAUAAAGCAAAAAAUUGCAGGCAUUUUGUUAAAAUAUUCCAGUGGCCUUUGGGCUGAUGCGCUCCCAAAGGUAUACGAAGAGACCCACGGAACAGCUUUGCCUCAGGGUCUUCUGAACAGUCUUGACUCACUCUCAGAUAUAUGCACCGUGGAUUACAUUUCUGGCAACCCGAGAAAAGCUAUCCUCUAUGCAAAAUCAAAGCAGUGUAUAGAUGAGAACCUGAAUGUUACCAGUAAAAUCAGUGUAAAGGAAGAUCUUCGGCAACCCGUUGAGCAGCAACAGUCUACUGCGAUGAUACAGGAGUCAGAAGAAGCAUGUUCAGAAGAUAUAACGGCACCUCCUUUAAUCAUCCCAACUGAAACAUCGCCAUCUGUGUUGGUGGUGGAACUGAGCUCCACCAAUGAAGUUGUUGUCAGGUAUGUGGGCAAAGACUAUUCUGCUGCCCAGGAGUUAAUGGAGGAAGAGAUGAAGGAAUGGUACCGUCAAAACCCUUCCAUUGUUCAAAUACAGUCACCAAGAGUUGGGCAGUUUGUUGCGGUGCCUGCGGAAGAAAAUGCUUGGCUGAGGGCUCAGGUUGUUUCAACAGAAGGCAAUAGCAUAAAGGUAUGCUACGUUGAUUAUGGGUUUAGUGAAACCAUUGAAAAUAGAGUAUACAAACUGGCCAAGCAUUUCUAUUCCCUGCCAUUCCAAGCUUCAAAAUGUAGACUGGCAGGGUUAGAAGCAUUCUGUGAGGACCCUGUCUUGGUGAAGAUGGUAGAAUCUCAAACCUGCGGCAAGAUAUUUGCUGUGGAAAUACUGGACAAAAGUGCCAUUCCCCUUGUCAUCCUAUAUGAUACUUCAGGGGACGAUGAUAUCAACAUCAAUGCUGCUUGCUUAAAGGCACUUCGUGACAAAUCGCUUGAGCUUCAUGUUCAGGUAGAUGCACUUUAUACGAACGUCAGAGUGACCAAUGUUUGUUCAGAUGGAACUUUAUACUGCCAGGUGCCAUCAAAGGGCCUGACCAAACUCUCUGAAGUUUUGCAGAAACUGGAAAACUAUUUCCAGCACAAGCCAGCAACAGAGUAUUCAGUAUCACUACCUUAUUGCGGCAUGAUCUGUUUGCUUAACUGUAAAGGAAAAUGGGCACGUGUAGAGAUAACAAGUGUUCAUAGUAGCCGGGCCCUUGAUGUACAGUUCAUGGAUACUGGGACAGUAACAUCUGUAAAAGUAGUGGAGCUGAGAGAAAUUCCCCCAACAUUUCUGCGUGAAAUCAUUGCCAUACCACCUCAGGCAAUAAAAUGCUGCUUGGCUGACCUUCCUCUUAAUAUUGGCAUGUGGACCCCUGAUGCUGUACUUUGGCUGAGAGACACAGUAUUAAACUGUCCUGAUUGCAGCAUAAAGGUGGUUAAGCUGGAUGACAGGAUUGCACAUAUCUAUUUAUUUACACCAAAGAACUCCCCAGAUCCAGAUCGAAGUAUAAAUAGGCAGAUCACGAAUGUAGACUUGUGGAAGCAUCAGAAGGAUGUCUUCCUGAGCGCGGCUCCGAGUAACUUCCCUGGAAGGAAGGAAGCAGACUCGCGAGAGGUGGCCAGUGCAGGAGUCAGGAAGGAUUCCGCUGCCCAUGUUCCAGAGCUAAGCGGUGCUGCAACGUCUUUGAAUAUGCCUCCUCCUUUGAAGCUCGUCCAGCCCCAGGAGCAAAUGGAUGUUUUUGUUUCACUGGCUUGCCACCCUGGUUACUUUGUCCUCCAGUCUUGGCAAGAGAUGCACAAUUUAGAGGUCCUGGUGGAAGAGAUGCUUCUCUACUAUAGCACAGCAGAUGAGCAAGCAGUUACAGUGGAAAAGAACAGAAUCUAUGCUGCUAAAGUGGACAACAAGUGGUAUAGAGUAUUAAUAAAAGGAAUGUUAUCAAAGGGGCUGGUGUCAGUGUAUGAACUGGACUAUGGAACACAUGAGCUUAUUAGCAUCCAGAAUGUAAGACCUCUGCUGGACUUGUUCAGAAAACUGCCAUUUCAGGCCAUAACUGCCCAGCUUGCAGGAAUAGAAUGUCAGCAGUGGUCAGAGGAGGCGUCAGUGGUCUUCCGAAAUCAUGUUGAGAAGAAGCCCUUGGUUGCACAGGUGCAAGCAAUUGUGGAUGGAGCUAAUCCGUGGGAUAAAAAAGCAGUUGUCUACUUAGUUGACACAUCACUACCCGAUACGGAUAUAUGGAUCCAUGAUAUUAUGACCCAAUAUUGUAUGCAGAUUUCAAAAUCAGAUUAAUCUGUUUUUACAUUUCAGUUACUUGAGCAAUAAGAAUGUGAAUGUUAAUAUAACUGUGACUAAAACUUCUGGUUUACUUCUGAUUUUUGCACUGUUUAAUGCAGUGGUUCCCAGCCUUUAGUCUCCAGAUGUUUUUGGACUAAAACUCCCAGAAAUCCUGGUCAGCACAGCCAGUGAGGAAGGCUUCUGAGCAUUUUAAUCCAAGCACACCUGGGGACUCAAGGCUGGAAACCCCUGGUUUAAUGCUAGAAUGUUAUCUAUAUGAAUAAAUAUUUCUGUUAACUUACUCUGUUGGAACCCUUGCCUUGUACUUCAGAUUAAGUAUUAGUUAAAGGUAAACUUAACAGUUGGCCUGCUGGUUAGAUGGAACUCUCAAGACAACAUUAUUUUGAUCCUCCUGGCCCUACCAUGUUAAGACCUCUGCCUUUUAGAUAAUCACAGAACAACAUGGAAAGAAAGAUCGAAAGAGUUGCGGUCUGUCAGAAAAUACAACAGUAAAUUAAAUGAACCCA